GGGCAGCUAUGAAUCAUUUGACAUGAGAUGCAUGGUAACCGGUCAAUUUUCUGUUGGGAAAACGACUCUUGUGAAGCUGUUAGCUGGGGAUGUCCUUCCAGAAGGGCGACAUCCAACUGAUGGGAUUUCUCUGGUAGAAGGUCGCUGUGGCCUCGACAUUCAGUCAAAAGAGUGGAUUCUUGUUGAUCCAGACUCUUACAAUGCCCUAGAUGUUGUGUACCAUAAGGUUUUAAUGACCUCUCUGGAAGAAGAGGAGGAGAGUGAAGUUACCAACAAAGCUUCAGAUACAAGCCCAACUGGUUAUGCCAAAGCUACACUUUCCUCUUUGCCCUCAGAACAGUCUGCAACAGCACAAUCUCUACCAUCUACGAAAUCCUCCAAUGUGCCUCACACAGUAAACCAGAUGGAACAGAAAAUGAGAACAAGAAUGACUAAAGAAGAAAUAAGAAAGAAAAUGGAAAAAGUCCUCAAAAGUGGGAAGUAUAAAAUGAAAGUUGGACGUCUUAUCUUCUGGGAUUUUGGUGGACAAUACGUUUAUUUAACAACACACCAGACCUUCAUGACAUUCCGAGCGUUGUUUCUUGUAGUAUUUGAUGGGAGCAAAGAUUUGCAUGAACAGGUCCCUGAUGUGAUGUGUUUUCCAGGGCAGCACAUGACGCCAACGCCAGCAGUAUUCUUGCAGUAUUGGGUCAAUUCCAUCCUGACCUAUUGUAAGGUUGUAUAUGCAGGCAUUCCAAAGAUUUUGUUUGUUGCCACUCACAAAGACAAAGUACCAUUGGAGAAUAUUGCAACCAGACGUGAAGAGCUUUACAGAGGAAUUGAGGAAUUGUUUAAAGACCACGAGGGAAAACAUCAUCUGGUCCUUAGACCUCUAAUAUUUGUCAAUGCCAAAGAUCAAGCCGACCCAGAAAUAGAAGUUCUGAAGAAAACAAUAACAGAACUAACAUUCGACCACCCAUGCUGGGGUGAAAGGAUGCCGAAUGCAUGUGUUCCACUGGAGCUUGAGAUCGCUGAACUAGUGGCAGAAGGAAAGCAAAUAAUGUCAUUGGCUGAAGUUAAAGAAUUAAAUGCUAUCAGCGAGGUGUCUGUCCUGUCAUCUGAGCAGUUGACCGAUUUUCUACAUUAUCAACAUUCUCUAGGGAAAAUUGUCUAUUUUGACACACCACAGCUAAGAGAUAAUGUUAUCAUCAGUCCCCUUCUUAUGGUGGAAGUUAUGAGAUCUUUUAUUACUGAUGUUGAAUUCUGGCCAAAAGAAGAUAACACAAGAAAAACCUUCAAAAAGAUGUCUGAAAAUGGAAUGAUACAAAAAUUAGACCUCUACCAGAUUUGGGAGCAAGAAGAAUUUUGUCAGAUAUUACUCUUUAAAGAGUACAUAUUUGAUAUGCUGAUACACCUUGAUAUCGUAUCUGAACAGCGUAGAUAUGAUACAAAAACAGGAAGUCGGCUACCAGUAGAACACUUCUUUGUACCUUGUAUGCUUACCCAAAGAAAUGAUACAGAUUUCUUGUCACAAGAAUGUACACCAGAGAGGACUGUUAGUUUGGCCUUUGUUUUUAACGGAACCGUUGUUCCUCCAGCUUUACCGAAUCGUCUCAUAUGCGCAUGUCUCAGUAUGUGGACAUUGAAGCAAUACCGUGGAAGGAAACUUAUGUUUUCUGGGUUUGUGGGGUUAUCAGUUGAUAAAGAGCAUGAUAUUGUUGUCUGUGUAGAAGGAAAUAAGAUCUUAUUGCACCUAGUCCACAAGCGCUCCAAGGGUUUGAUAAUACCUGAUAUAGCCACCAGUGUCCGGGAUUGUUUGUUUGUUACUUUAGAGAGAAUCUCCGAAUUUUAUCAGUUCUCCAUCCAUUGUAAAGCCAGCAGCAAGUUACCCUUCCACACCGAGUAUUCAUGCUCGAAAUUAAACUGUUUCACUUCAGAAAAUAAGAUGGCUUCCGAAACUGAGGAAUCUCUUUGUGAACACGGAGAAAACAUUAAAAAUAACUGGAGUAUUUGGAACAAGAAAAGGGAACAAAAGCAGUGUGAUGCUAAUUGUCCAGGUUUGAGUGAAGAUGCAUUAUCUCAGAUCCCAAGUAACACAGAGUUGCUUCGUCUGUCUAAUCAUUGUGAGGCACAUAUGCUACAUGAAUUGGCUCUCCAUCUUGGAAUGGAAGAGAUGGUAUGGAGUGAUAUGGUAGAGAAUUACCGAACAAAUACACAGAUGGUCAAAUUUUUGACGCUUAUUCAUUUGAAAGAGAAUAAUGAAAUCAGUUUCUCAGAAUUGGACAACGGAUUGAGACAAAUGGAAGUAACAACACAUAAACUAUGUGUGGUACGUCGGAGAAAACAAGUGAAAUCUGGUAUUCCUGACGAUAUUCUAGACUGUAUUCCAUCAGACGAAAUUUUAGAUAGAUUAGCACCGCUGGUUGGCAAUAUAGUUCUUCAACUAGGAAUAGAACUUGGACUUUCUGUAGAAGAGAUAGAGAGUAUUAAAGAGAAACGUGAUCGUGAUUUGACAGCACAGAAUAAGGAAGUCUUGUUUGCAUGGAGGAAAGACAGAACAGUGAAACCUACAAUACGGGUACUUGAGCAAGUUUUUGUAGAUAUUAGUAAAGGAGCAAGGUGUUUAAAGGAGGUUGUAAAGGACGUUGAUCCAAAUACACUUAAAGCAGUAGAAAUUGUUACAGAUAGAAUCAGAGAAAACGAAAACAGAAUCAUACAGGACAUACAAACCAGCCAAAUUUUAGACCAUAUGAUGGCACAUCUGGUGAUAUCAGUAGAUGACAGACGUCGUAUUGAACAACAUGCUGGACAAGAUGAUCAAAACAAAGCAUUGUUGGAUAUUGUGACCAAAAUGAGAGAACCUGCUUACAGUGUGUUUGUUGAUGGAUUACGUAUUUAUGGAUACGAAGAUAUCGCUAAUGAUUUGAAAUGUGAGUCCAGUCCAAGUCCAACAUCAGCAUCUGCGGAAAAUGAAGGCUUAUCAGUUUGUAAUGUUCCAUUAUAUAAAGUUCGUCUACAAAAGAACUACAUCAAGGUCAUCACUGAUAUACAACACGAGAACAUAGUCGAUCAUCUAAUAUCAAGAGAGGUAGUGUCAGUUGAUGAUGGGAAGAAGAUAGAAUCUGGUAAAACACCACAGGAAAAGAACAGGAAUUUAAUGGACAUGCUGUUGCGUAAAAAUGAACAGGGAUUUAAUGAAUUUCUCAAAGCCCUACGAAAAGACUCAAUUUAUGCAGAUUUAGCAGAUCAAAUAGAGAAGACAGAAGUUACUAGCACAGAUAUGGCAACUCUUCAUAAAUGCUUCAAAUAAAAUAAAAGUAUUUUCUUUCAGAAAAAAACAGCUAGGAAAACCAUCAGUUAACAAUUAAUAGAAGGAAGUAUUGUCAAUCCAAGGCAUUACGAUUUGGUCACUUCAAUAAUCCACUGUAAAUUCAAAAAUUAUUGCGUGCAUUUAUUAUUGCCUUUUUUUAAAUGGGACAAAAAAGCGAUAGUAAUUAUUACAAUGUCAAAAGAAUCUUUAUACUAAUAUAUGUAUCAGUUUAAGAAUUUGAGUUCUUAUUAAUGCGAUACUCACUCAGUCGCAUUUUUCGCAUUAAUAAAAACCUCAAAAUAAUUUCUGAAUUUACAAUAUGUGAAUGAAUCACAAUGUAAUAGUGAUAACAAUCUUUUAUCUUAAACAUAUUUCAUGUGUAAGUGUCAUGCUUGGCAAGGAAAAAGCUAACAUAUGUACUAACCCCUUUUAUGAGAGUUGAUUCCUACAAUCCCAAUAUCCAUUUGACGUGGCUCAGUAGUUAUACAGCCCGUCAUUUUGUUAUUGUGCUAUGGUAAAUUGUUGUAUUCUCGCUUUCGUUUUUGCCAAUAUGCUUUGUCUAUAUGCCUUUUUGAUUUUUUUAUAAUGAUUUAGACUAUAACACAAUGUUUACUGCUGUAUCCUUAUUUUUGACAAUUUUACCUAUUAUGUCUAUUUACUUUGUUCACACACUAGCGUCAAUCUAAUGGAAUUUAAUGCGACUUUUAUACAAGUGAGAGGUUUAACUAGCUAUAAACCAGGUUCAGUAUACCAUUUUCGACAUAAGCAAAUGUUUGUACAAAAAUAGGAAUUUAAAAGUUGUUAUCCAUUCAUGUAGCGUGUUUGAGCACAUACGUCUAGAUGAACAAACCUUCGUGUUUUUGAUAAUACAUAAUUUUGUAAACAGAUAAUUUGCACACGUGAUAUGUCAUAACUACUGCGCUGGUUAUACCCGUUAGAACGUAACAACCGCCAGUAGUUGCAUCAACCCGUUGAUUGUAAAAACUCGUAAAGUAUACUUAAUUUGUUAUGCUGGUCGGUAAACCAGCUGUGUUUAGAAAUCAAUUAAAUUUAAACUUAUCAUCAUUUCUAAAGUUACUUUUUUUUGUAUAGUUAAAUAAUACCAUUUACAUGUUGGACAGAGAUCAACUGAUGAACUGCUAGAUUGAAAUUGUUUGUAAAUAAAUGGCUAUUAUUA